CAUGAAUGCAAGUUUUCCAGAGGAUUUCCUUCUCCUGGGCUUGACCAAAUAUCCAUGGCUGGAUCUUCCUCUCUUCUUUGUCCUCCUGACGUCAUACAUGUUCACAUUGUUGGGAAACUUUGCUAUCAUCCUGGUCUCUCAACUCGAUUCUCAGCUCCAAAGUCCCAUGUAUUUCUUCCUUACCAGCCUUUCCUUUUUGGAUCUCUGUUUCACCACCACAACAGUACCUCAAAUGCUGUUUAACUUAGGAGGGCCCAACAAAAAGAUCACUUACAUAGGCUGCAUGGCCCAGGCCUAUGUAUUUCAUUGGCUAGGCUGUACUGAAUGUGUCCUGCUUGGCAUCAUGGCCUUAGAUCGCUAUGUGGCUGUGUGUAAGCCUCUAAGGUACUCUGUAAUCAUGGACCAGAAGCUGUGUCUGCAACUGUCCAGCACUGCUUGGCUCAUCGGUUUGGCCAAUUCCCUGCUUCAGUCCACCCUCACAGUCCAACUGCCCCUGUGUGGGAAUCGGGUGCUGGAUCACUUCUUUUGUGAGCUGCCUGGUCUUAUUAAGAUGGCUUGUGGGGACACCACUAUCAAUGAGAUUACCUUAGCAGUGGUGGCCACAUUCCUGAUCAUGGGACCCCUCUCCAUGAUUCUUGUGUCUUACAGUUACAUUGCCCGGACUGUGUUUCGAAUCCCUUCUGCUGCUGGGAGACUUAAAGCCUUCAAUACUUGCUCAUCACAUUUACUGGUGGUGUCUUUGUUUUAUGGGCCUGGAAUCUACAUCUACAUGCAGCCUUCUGGGGACGGUCCUCAAGAUGUUAUCAAGGUCUUGACCCUGUUUUACUGUGUCAUUACUCCCAUGGCCAACCCAUUCAUCUACACCCUAAGAAACAAGGAGGUAAUAGGAGCUAUGCAGAGGCUUCUGAGGAAAGCUAUUUCAGCUAAGAGACUGAGAAAAUGA